GGGCAGAUAACUCUAAGAAAAGUAAUGGCGACGGUGCAAGUGCUUUGCCCGAAUGGGCGACGUCAAAAUGUUAAAAUAACACCUAAUUCAAAACUUUUACAAGUACUUGAAGAAGUGUGCAAGAAGCAAGGCUUCAUUCCAGCAGAAGACUAUAAACUUGUCCAUGGCAGGAAGGAUCUUGAUUUGAGCCUCUCUUUUCGAUAUGCAAACCUUCCAAACAACGCAAAGUUGGAACUUCAAAAACUGGAAAAGUCUAGGGCAGAGGAAAAUGUUGGAAUUGCUCUUCAGCUUAAAUCAGGUCAGAGGCUGCAGCAUUCGUUUCUUCCCGGUACAAGCCUGUGGGAUAUUCUUCAGCACUGGGAGGCACAGUCUGGAGAGCAUGCAGGCAAGCUGACAGUUGUUGACACUAGUCAGACACCACCAACUCAUCCAGUGUGUAUCUACAUGACGGAAGAGGUGAUUGGUGAGUGCGCUCUGCAAUCCACAACGUUACGCAAACUUGGACUUACAGGAGGCAAGGCUGUCAUAAGACUUGUCCAUCGCCCAGUUGAAGACUCUGUUAUAGCAGGAUUAAUAGCCAAAGCAGACAAGGAGAAAGUAAAGGAGGCUCGUCUUAGAGAAAUUGCAGCAAGGAAACAUGCUGAAAUGCAGGAAAGUUCAUCAUUGGAGAGUCAGGCAGCAGCGCCAUCUGGUGGCAGUAGCAGGGUGAUCCCAGAGAGACUGGAAACCAAUAUGGAGGCAGACAUUUGUGAUAACAAGGAGACAAGGAGUGAAACAAGUUUGUCUGGUCAGGAAGCAAUGGAGGUAGACACUGCUGCAUCUGUGAUGUCUGUGUCCACUGGGGAUGCUAGUGAUUCCAAUGCGAUAUGUAACAGUGGACAGAGCAGUGUACGGAGCCAGAAUCAAGUACCUGCCAAUGGACAGAGUAGCAUUGAGCAGCUGCGGAGUAUGAACAUACCAGGUGUGGAGAUCUUCACACCGGAUGAUUUCAAUGAUCUGCCACCAGAUCAACAACGGUUGGCCCGCGCCCUUGCUCAGCGGAUGAUGCAGCGUCUCAUUGGGGGGUCAGUACAGAUGCCGUCCAGUCAGAAUGCUGCAGCCGCAAGACCCAGACAAGCACUGCCACAACCACAAUUCACAGACUUCAAGUUCCCAGAGUCUUCCAAGGGGAAAUCUGUCUACUCCAAUGAACUAAGUGAUGUGAACCGAGAGGAAUUCAAGCCUUGUGACAGAGAAACUGUGUUGUUUGACUUGGAUGUGCCUGUUGCUAGUUCUCAGCCUGGGACAGAUGCUGAUCUGCCUGAUGACUUCUUUGAUGUCACCGAUGCAGAUGUUCGGAAAAUGAUGGUCGACCUCCAGAAAAAUGUGGACUGCCAGGCCGACGCCCCCCUGAUGACACAGGCCAUGCGGCAGGCCAGGCUGGAGGAGAGAUACAGCAAGUACAAGAAGGUGGUCAUCCGGGUCCAGUUUCCGGACAAACUGGUGCUUCAGGGGAUGUUCAGACCCAGGGAAACUGUGUUUGCUGUUCAGAAGUUUGUUAAAGAACAUCUACAGGACAAGACAACCCCGUUCUACCUCUAUACCACACCACCCAAGUGUGUUCUCAAAGACAGGAGCUCCACUCUCAUUGAGGCUCAUCUAGUCCCCGCUACACGUAUCUACUUCGGCUGUGAGGUUGCCAAAGACCACCAUCUCUCUGAAGCUGUGAGGGCUGAGAUCUCCACACGAACACAGGCAGAACAACUGGCAUUCAAGAGCCUUCCAAGCGUCGAGUCAAGUUCCUCGGAAACAGCAGGACCAGAGUCAGCGGCAUCAACAUCAAGGACGGAGUCAUCAAGAGCAGGGUCAUCGUCGGGGGCACAGUCCGGAGGGAAAGCACCCAAGUGGCUCAAACUUGGCAAGAAGUAACCAUGGUAAUAGUUGCCAUGCCUCCAUCCUGUCUACAGUCUGUGAUGGUUACAGAUUCUCCUGUCUGUGACGUCAGUGCUUACAUUGGGGGUCACCUCAACCAUGCUGGACACAGUGCUAUAUCAUCAGUUCCGUGAAACACUGCAGUAAAUCGUACCGUGUAUGAUGCCUUGUUCCAGACUGUUGUUUUGCAGUAGACUUUUGACAGUCACCAUAUGCUUUAUGUGAUAUUGCAGAAUAUUUGAACGAGUUCAGAAGCUUCCAUUUUCAACCAUAAUAUGAUGCACAUCAUUUCAGUAUGAAUAAAAUGCAAGUGAUUCCAAGGCAUUUGAUUGGCCAAACAA